AUGAAUGUCUCCCACUUGAUGGAGAACAUGGAAGCCUAUCAGGUGCUCCAGGUCCUGACCCUGCUCACCUGCGUGUGUGGGAUGGUGGGCAAUGGUGUGGUCAUCUGGCUGCUGGGCUUCCGCGUGCAAAGGAACCCCUUCUCUGUCUAUGUCCUCAACCUGGCAGUGGCUGACUUCCUCUUCCUCCUCUUCCUGUUCAUUAAGGAAUAUGCAGAAUAUUUCCACCUGAACUGGGUAACAAUUGCUGCCUUCACUGGUGUUAUGAUGUUUGCAUACGUUACCAGCCUGAGCUUCUUGACCACCAUCAGCGUCCAGCGCUGUCUGUCCGUCCUCUUCCCCAUCUGGUACAAGGUCCGCAGACCCCGACACCUGUCCACCGUGGUGUGCUCCCUGCUCUGGGGGCUGAAUCUCCUGGUUAUCACAAUAGUAUCUUACUUUAACUUUGAUGAGGCGUAUAAUCAUUCUGAGGAAUUGAAAAACCUGUUAACUUUCCUUAGCAUUCUCUUUCUGGGGGUCUUCACACCUGUUAUGAUCCUCUCCAGUGUCGUCCUCUCUGUGCAGACCCUGAGAAGACCCCGCGCGUGGCGCCGGCGAUCCUCCAGGCUGUGUGUGAUCGUUCUGGUCUCGGUUCUGGUGUUUGUGGUCUGUUCUCUGCCCUAUGGCAUCGACUGGACGCUCAUGUACAGGAUCCCAGGAGAGCUUUGUUGGUAUCAUUUUCUGUUAGAUGACUUGACCCAAAUCACCUCAGCCUUGAGCGGCAGUGCCAACCCCGUGAUCUACUUCCUUGUGGGAAGUGAAAGUGGAAGUAGCCUGUGGGACCCUCUGACGGCCAUACUGAGCAGGGCAUUGCAGGAGGACCCUGAGUUGGGGAGAAAAGAGAUGUCCCCCGCAAGGACAAACCAGACCCUGAACCACAGUGAGACCGCAGACCUGACCCAGCGCAGCCCCAGGAUGGACGCUUGGCACACAGCCUAUCAUGUGGUUCACAUCCUGACCUUUCUCACCUGCGUGUGCGGGAUGGUGGGCAAUGGUGUGGUCAUCUGGCUACUGGGCUUUCGCGUGCAAAGGAACCCCUUCUCGGUCUACGUCCUCAACCUGGCGGUGGCUGACUUCCUCUUCCUCCUCGGCCUGUUCUCUAAGGAAUAUGCCCGACAUUUUCACUUCAACUGGGUAAUAAUUGCUGCCUUCAGCAGUGUGAUGGCAUGUACAUACAUUACCAGCCUGAGCUUCUUAACAACCAUCAGCGUCCAGCGCUGUCUGUCCAUCCUCUUCCCCAUCUGGUACAAGGUCCGCAGACCCCGACACCUGUCCACCGUGGUGUACCCUGAGAAGACCCCGUGCGUGGCGCCGGCGAUCCUCAGGCUGUUUGUGAUCGUCCUGGUCUCAGUCCUGGUGUUUGUGGUCUGUUCUCUGCCCUUUGGCAUCUUCUGGACGCUCAUGGACAGGAUCCUAGAAGAGUUUUAUUGGUAUUAUUUUCUGUUGUAUAACUUGACCCAAUUAACUUCAGCCCUGGGCAGCAGUGCCAACCCCGUGAUCUACUUCCUGGUGGGAAGUGAAAGUGGAAAUAGCCUGUGGGACCCUCUGACGGCCAUACUGAGCAGGGCAUUGCAGGAGGACCCUGAGUUGGGGAGGAAAGAGAUGUCCCCUGCAAGUACCAAUGACAUAGGAACUGAGAGCCAGGAACCCAUGGGUUCUGCACAAUUGAGCCCGUCCCUGGAUUAG